AUGCCCGCUGCCAUUCCAAAUCCUCCUCGACCACCAUUACCGACAACGCCUCAAGCUCUGCAAUCUACCUAUGCAUCGCGUCUGAGAACCGGCGCAACGCUUCUUAUCCAACCUAUCCUUGCAAACGCUGCUGCUUCAACAACACGCGCUGCAACAAGGCGGGGUGGCGUAAUCAAUUAUGCGGAUCCAGGUUCAGGAGACGAUUUACCAGACGCUGGUGCUCUCGAGUCCGACGACUCUGACUUUAUCGCGAGUGGUGGUACAAGGACGUCAAUAAGACAAUCUAGAGGAGGUAGAAUGAGUGGUGCUACGGGAGGUGCCUCUUCACCACACCCCACUGCCCCGUUACGACCAGAAAAGGCUGAACUAGACCAAAGCUACCUAGGCUUGGUACCUCCCGCGAAAUUUAUCAAGCCAAAGCUAAUGACGCCAACAUUACACAUAUACCCUACACCUGAUGUGAUGGAAUCCCAAGCGCAAAGACGGAGUUCCCUCGUCCCAAUUCGCAUCGAAUUCGAGACGGACACGUAUAGGGUACGGGACUGUUUCGUGUGGAAUCUGAACGAGACCAUCAUCAAACCAGAAACAUUUGCGAGAAUACUUUGCAACGAUCUUGACCUUUCACCCAACCAAUGGGCAGAUACCGUUGCAAAUCAGAUCCGCGCACAGUUGGAAGAACACGAAGGAGUAGCGUCUAUGGAACUGGGGUUGGACGGAGCAGUGGACAUCGACGCGCCACCAACGCACGGGGAGGAAAUUGCCGAAUGUCGAGUUAUCCUAAGUAUUGACGUCCAAAUCGCGAACCACCAUCUAAUGGACCACAUUGAAUGGGAUCUCCUCUCCCCCCUCACCCCCGAAGCCUUUUCACAAAAGCUAUGCACGGAACUUGGGUUAUCCGGGGAAGCUGUCCCCUUAAUCGCACACGCCGUCCACGAAGAGCUUAUAAAGCACAAAAAAGACGCUAUCGAGUGGGGAGUGAUCGGCGGGGACAGAGAGCCCGCCGACGACGGGUCAGGCGUUCGAGAUAGGAGUGGGGCUGGAAUGUUAAAGGACAAAACGGGGCUCGGACUUGGUUGGGGGAGGGCGCCGAGAGAUGGGAGAGGGCCGAAAACGCUGAAGAGUGUUUGGAGGGAUUGGGCAGAGGCGGAGGAGUUUAGGACGACGUUUGAAGAGUUGACUGCUGAGGAGGUGGAGAGGAGGGAGACUGAACGAGAGAGGGCGAGCCGACGUCUGAGGAGAGAGACGUCCAAGUUCCAGAGUUCAACACGCAGUAGACGAAGAUAA